CUUUCAUCGUGUCUUUUAUCAUAAACGAUAUAUAAUUUGUGAAAAAAAAAAGAAACGAUAGCCUUGCGACGAUUAGGAUAAAAAUCGUUAUAACGUUUUAGUAAUUCAGAAGGAAUCGACGAAGCCACACGACUAGAACGCGCGUAGCUAUUUCUUUUCUCUCUUUUCACACUUUCGCACGAUAUAUAGAUAUAUGUGUGUGUGUGUGUGUGUGCUUGUACGUGAGGGCGCGCGUAACCUACCGCCAUAGUAAAUCAUAUCCCUUGAUGGAAUGAUAAACGAAGGCGCGCGCGCGCGCGCGCGCGACACACGUUUUACCGCCUAUCGGACCAAUAAUUGUUCGAAACAGAAUAAAAACACGUAUAAAGUAGGAAAAUAGAAUAAAUUGAAAAAGAGAGAAUGUAUUAGAGAAAUAAACGUCAAGAGAAAGUCGAAUGAAUUAGAAAGAAAUAGACAUAAAGCAAACAGAAACAGAGAGAGAGAGAGAGAGAAAGGAUGUAUUAAAAGAAAGUAUAAAAAAAAAAAAAAAAAAAAAAAAAAAAGAAAGAAUAAAAUUCGUUAUAUCGAAGAAACGGAUCGACCGUCGGAACUAACCCACAAAACUGAUCUCCGAGACGCUCGAGGGGGCGCGCGCGCACAUUCGUCAUAUCUCACGCGCGUACGUUGGGAAGUCGUAACGAGUCCUGUCCCGUUCGUUUUAAUAAUUAAUUAAUGAAUUAAUUAUUUCAUUGACUAAUUUAUUAGUCAAUUGGGCCCGAUUGAAAUAACAGUGUUUAAGGUGGAGAGAGAGAAAAAAAAAGAAAUAUAAGAUAAAAGAAAAUAUACGAGACAAGUAUAAAGUGGGGAAAAAAUAAGAAAAGGAAAUUGAACGAAGUACAAGAGAUAGACAGGAAGAGCAGAAGAAAAACGAAGUUCUUGCGAUCGGAUUGGCGCGGAGCGAGGCGACACGACGCAUCACACGCCGAGUAAGUCGAACGCGCAUGUUGUGUUGCCCACUCGUCGAGCGGCCAUGUACCGUUAACUCGAAUUCAUUUCACCAGAGUUGGACGGAAAAGCAAGUCCCGCUUCUUACCUACCAACCGAUCGGGAGAGAGUCGAUCGUGCACGAUCGGGCACAACUCGUUGUAAAAGCCGGAAACUUGCGUGCGUGUAAUUCGUGUUCACCUAACCAAGUUUCACUCGGGACGUGGCUUAUGCUCCCGAUAGAAACGACGAUACGAAUCGAAAAGUAUUAAUCUCCUUUCUCACUCUCUCUCUCCUCUCUCUGUGUCUUUCUCUCUCUCUCUCUCUCUCUCUUUCCCUGUGUGUGUAAUUGUGUCGUGCUAUCAUCCUCGUUCUGAACUCUGUUUUUUGGUUUCUUUCGUUCGUUCUCGCUCGCUCGCUCGCUCUCUCACUCUUUCUCUUUCUCUUUCUUUCUUUUUCUUAUUCGCGCAAAUUUUAUCCGAGAAGUCGCACAAAGUCUCAAAUCGAGUCAAGUCGAGUCGUUUGUUCGGACGCGCGUUUCGUAUGACGUGUGCACAGUGAAUAGCAGCACCAGCACCACCACUAGCAUUGGAAACAGCAGGAGCAGCAGCAGCAGCAGCAGCAACGGUGGCGACGACGGUGGUGGUGGCGGUAGUAGUAGUAGUGUAGUAAUAGUAACAGAGCGACGACAACGACAAACGACGCUACUAGGUACGACGGGCAACCAAGAGCGAGCGUAGAAAUGAGAAAGUCCACGUCGCUGUCGCGUUUUACGCGCUGAGGAGAUCGAGAACACAAGAAGCAAGAAAAGAACAGAACAGAACAGAAUAGAACGGCUAAGAGGCGCGUACGUGCGACGAACGAACGGACGGACGGACGGACGAACGGACGUACGUACGGUCGGUCGGUCGGUCGGUCGGUCGGUCGGUCGGUCGGUCGGUCGCUAGCAGGCUGGCUGGUUUGCUUGCUUGCUUGCUUGCUUGUUUGCUUGCUUACUUAUUCGCUCAGACAAUCUUGAGAAACUUGUGCCGGAACACAGGGACAUUUGAUCGUUGUCCAUUGAACGGUGAAGUUUAAGGAAGAAAGACGGCGGAGUCGUUGAGAAGAAAAGAAGAAUCCGCCAAGGAGGCGCGCGCGCUCUCUUUCUCUGAUAUUCCUUUGGGCGUAAGAUCGAUAAAAGAUGAAUUUCACGCCUUUUCCUGGCUUUACUACAGGCUCGUUGCCGACAGGCACGGUUCAUCAAUUCGCGACAGCCAAAUUCGCACAAAAUUUGACUACUGGUGGUCAGGUCGUCGGUGUUUUAUCAGGUGGAGAGGGUGGUGUUCAUUACUUGAGACCAGUUGAUCCUAACGGUUUUGCUGUGGCUCAAGGAGGCAAUAAUCAACAGCAGCAAAUAAUUACGCUGCCUAUAACCGUACCUGGAAAAGAUGGCACGCAACAACAACAAACUGUCCAGAUUCAAGUGGUUAAUCCCAGUGUUUCUCAAAGUGGAAACAGUGGGGACCAACCAAAAUAUCAUUUGGCGCCUAUUUCAUUGGGACAGUUUCCUCAAGGUGCAGCAACUGUUCUUACCGUCGCCUAUAGUCAACAAGGAACGGAUGGUGUUCAAAUUCAAGUUCAGCCACAAAAUACGGUUGCAACGACGCAAACGUCGGAUCAAACAACACAGAGUACUUCGGUUGCUGUAACUACCACAUCGCAACAGACGAUUCAGCAAACUGUACAACUUCCUGGAGCACCAGAGGGAUUGACCGUGGUUGCACAAAUACCACAAGAUUUGAUCUUAAGAGAAGGAAUGGAAGAGUCUAAGGAGGAUGUGAAAGAAGGCACAACUCCAGUUGCUCUUAUUAAAAGAGGAAGUGUGAAAAAUCAAGGAAAUCAAAGUAAUGAAGAGUUCAUUACUUCAAUGCCUGCGGGUUGGCAAAGUUUGGCAACCCCAGGUUCCACGGUUGCUGAUUAUCUUUCAAGGCUUCCCGCCAGUACUUUGCCACUUGGUUUACAACACUUCCUUAAAUUUUCAGCAGAAACAAUAAAGAGAGAAGCCACCAUAGAAUCGAGUCCUUUAGGCGCUGACGGUCUAGACGCUUCAGGAAGUAUGACAUCUGGGGAACAAGCUGUACAGAUUACAGUAGCCGGUGGUGAGACUAUUAUUCCCGACGUUGUUGAGGAACAAGAACCGGGAACAAAACCCAAAAGAAAAAAGAAAUACAAGAAAAAACCUCCAAAGCCAAAAAAACCGAAGCCUGGUCAAGUUAGUAUUGUUACUGCCUUAGACGGUACCACACUAUUCUGCUGCCCUCAAUGUAAUAUGGCUUACCCAGAGAAAGAACUUUUAGAACAACAUCUUAUCGGUCAUAAAAUAGAAAGGAGGUUUAUUUGCGAUAUUUGCGGUGCUGGUUUAAAACGUAAAGAGCAUUUAGAACGACACAAACUUGGUCAUAAUCCUGACAGACCAUUUAUUUGCUCCGUUUGUAUGAAAGGUUUCAAACGAAAAGAACAUCUUAAUCUUCAUUUUGUUAUACAUUCUGGACAAAAGACCGAAGUUUGUACCGAAUGUGGAAAGGCGUUCUACAGAAAGGAUCAUUUAAGAAAACAUGCAAGAUCACAUCUUGCCAAACGUGCUAAAGAAGAUCCAUUAAAUACGACUGAUACUUCGCAAAAUCAACAACAAGUAGAACAGACACAACAACAAACAGAACAAUUACAGCAACAAUCUUCUGUACCGGAGCUUCAACAAAUUCAAAUACAAGUAGGGCAAGGUUCACAAGCUCAGAUACAUCAAAUUUCUGUCAGCGAACAAUCUACUGUUGUGUUACCAACCGCAGCUGAAACGGGUGCAAUGGCGAUGUUACACCAUCAACAGCAGCAGCAGCAACAACAACAACAGCAGCAGCAGCAGCAGCAGCAACAGCAGCAGCAACAACAACAGCAACAGCAACCUCAACAACAGCAACCUCAACAACAGCAACAGCCAGAGGUCGUACGGUUUGCAAUGAAUUUCCCGCCGUUCGGAGGCCACUUUCCCGGCACUAUACCGAGUAUCCAUCAGUUCGCGACCGACGGCUCCGGUGGUGCAGGCGCGCGUUACGCUAAUCAUUUUCCCAACCAGCCUCCGAUCGGAGUGCCGGUUAUGGGAAAGUACCGUCCUGAGACCAACGGCGUACAAACUCCUCAAUCUCAAGUGAUGAUGAACAACAAGGCUAAUUAUCCAAACAGCAACGUCCACCAUUAUCCCAAUGUGCCAUAUUCUCAAGCUCAACCGGUGCAACAGAGACCCUCCAAUUCUCCUGGAAUGCAAGAGAAACGUUCGUAUCAUCAGCAAGCCACCGAGACUAUAAAUCAACAGGACGUUUGCAAUCUCCUACAGGAUAAGGACAAAAGCAAGGAUAAGAAGGCGGAUGAGCAGCAGCGUAACGGGGACACUGCGACCAAUGGUGGACAGCAGGACUAUACGAUGCAUCAACAUCAUCAACAACAUGCCCACACCCAAACACCUGCUACGAUGCCUGCAACCUGGCAGUCCUUGGCAACGCCUGGCUCUACCGUAGCUGAUUAUCUUAGUCAUUUACCAGCUAGUACUUUGCCGCUUAGCUUACAUCAUUUUCUCAAGUACUCUGCAGAAAGUAUAAAGAAGGAAUCCGAAAUGGCACAAACAACAUCCGUAGCUGUAGCUACCACAACUACGCCUAAUAUCAUGAUGUCACCAAAUAACAAGAAAAAGAAGAAGAAGAAGCCACCAAAGGAAAAAAAACCACGCCCAAAACCAGGAGAAAUUCGAUUGACUACAGCUUUAGAUGGCUCUACACUUUACUGCUGUCCUGAGUGUCAUAUGGCAUACCCUGAACGAGAAUUGCUGGAACAACAUCUAUUAGGUCAUACUAUGGAACGAAGAUUUGUCUGUGACAUUUGUGGAGCAGGUUUAAAAAGGAAAGAUCAUUUGACACGUCACAAACAAAGUCAUAAUCCUGAAAGACCUUAUGUCUGCACUGUGUGCCUAAAAGCUUUCAAGAGAAAAGAACAAUUAACGUUGCACUUUGUAAUACAUUCUGGCGAGAAACGUCAUGUGUGUACAGAGUGUGGUAAAGGCUUUUAUAGAAAAGAUCAUUUGCGAAAGCAUACUAGGAGUCAUAUUGCUAGGAGAGUGAAAGCUGAAUUAAGUCAGAAUGCUGGUACUCAACAGAAUCAACAGCAGAAUAAUGUAUCCAGUAUGCAAACGACGACCGUGUCAGCAUCGUCCGUUCUUCCAGGCGGGCAUCCAGGUCCUCUCCUAUCCUGAGCCCCGCCACCAGGGAACUUCCAAGUUCCCCAUCCAAACAAUAUUCUUCAUACUCAUACUUCGCAUCAUACAUUACAUCAUCAUCACUUGGCCGCAGUCAAUGUGGCGCACCAAUCGAACGUUACUCCGCUUGCUACACCCAGCCAUUAUCAGACGCACGAGCUCGGCUUUCUAGGACAUGUAAAAGAUUUCUGAGAGCAGGGGAAGACCUCGACUAAGAGGUAACAUUAUGACGCUACACGAUUGUCUCCGCGAACAGAGUUUCAGCGAUUUCACGUGGCUCGGACAUAGUGAGUUUUCUACAUAUAUUUCAUUUAAAAGUGAUUCAAACGAUGUUCUGCUUCUUGCAUCCUUCUUAUAAACGACGAUGAAUUCAUUCGUUCAUGCGGAUGCUAUUUAACGUACGAAUUCUUGCAUCCACAAUUAUAGUUGGAUGCAAAACGAUUCGAAGGAUGUCCAGAAUUUGUUCAACAUUUUCUCUUUAGAUCUUUAUAGCAUGAAUAAAUGUGAUAUACGAGCAAGGAUCGAGAACAGACACGUUCACACUAUAGUAUGGGUUGAAGUGCAUACAAAGUAUAAUUUCAGUAAGAGAACUAGAUUAGGAGCCUGAUUUAAGAGUCUUGCCAUACUCAUGGUAUGUAUGAAAAACAAAACAUAUUUUUGUGAAAGCUUGGUAUUAAUAUAUGGAAACUAAGCUAGUUAGCGGGGGAGAGAGAAA